AUGGUCCGACUGGCCUCAGCUGUGUGGCUGAUGCUUUUCUGGCUUCCAGGCUGUGUCCUUCUGCGUGGUCCCAGCUCCAUGACAGGCACCGUGGGGGAAUCCCUGAGAGUGCAGUGUCAGUAUGAAGAGAAACACAAGGCUUACAGCAAAUACUGGUGCAGAGUGUCACGGCUACGAUCUUGUCAAAAUACUGUCAAGACGAGAGCCUCAAAAGAAGCUAGGAAUGGCCGAGUGUCCAUCAGGGAUGAUCCGGCCACCCUCACCUUCACAGUGACCUUGGACAACCUCACCCUGGAGGAUGCAGGCACCUACAUGUGUGGUGUGGAUAUACCGUUGAUCAAUGAGUCUGUGGAGAUUCCCUAGGUCUGAUCUGUGGUUUUAUUUCCAGGAUCAGUAUCACGGACUUCUGCAAUGACCACCAGCCUGGCCACCAGCCUGACCACCAGCCUGGCCACCGAAGGUCCCACCGAAGGAUCCACCAUGAAGGAACACCUUGAGCAUUCUGAGCCAACGGGCUUGAGCCUGCCAGUGCUGCUGUCUGUGUUAGCUCUGCUGCUGUUUCUCUUGGCGGGGGCCUCUCUGCUGGUCUGGAGGAUGUUCCAGAAGCGUCAGGUGAAAGCUGCUAAAUACCCAGAGCUGUCCCAGAACCUCAGGCAGGCUGCUGAGCAGAGCGAGUGCCAAUAUGUGAAUCUGCAGCUGCACACGUGGCCCCUGAGGGAAGAGCCGGAGCCACCGAGUCAGGUGGAGGUGGAAUACAGCACAGUGAUGUUCCCCAAGGAAGAGCUUCACUAUGCAUCAGUGGCAUUUGACUCACAGAGGCAGGGUUCCCAUGCCAACGGGAAUUCCCCUUGCCUGCCUCAGGACCAGAAAGCCGAGUACAGCGAGGUCCGGAAGCCCAGAGAAGGCCUCUCUGACCCUCACUUGUGACUGCCUGUCCCCUGAUCCCCUCAAUAGUGACCACCAGGUUCCUGAGCUCCCAGCAGGCUGCUGCCUUCAAAGUCAUGGUUUGAGCUAGCUUCACUCAAGAUGAGCAAGAACCAAGGCUCUGUGGGGACAGAAACAUGUCCCACUGGCUCUCUCCUC